UCUAAAUAUAGGCCAAAGGUUGAGCUUGAGCCUUGAAGUGAUUCUCCGCCACUUCAAUGGUGUGUAAUCUAUGGUCUGUUUUAAAACUGCUUUUUGCUCUUUGAAACUUGUCAUUCAAUACUUAGGGAAAUUAAAUUAAAGCCAUCUUUUAAAAUUUAAAAAUUCAUAAGAGAAUAACAAGCUGUGGCCUACUCAGCGUUCCAUUGGGAGUAUCCAUUUGGAAUUACUUUUCACUUAUAAAGUCACAGAAUGGAAUUAGCAUCAACUAUGAGAGUAUCAGCUUCCACCAGUUCUCUCCGUUUCUCUUUCUUUUAUUGAAUUCCGGCCACACCAGAGGCACUGUCUCUGAUGGAUCCGCAGCCGCCGGCACCACCUUCAACGGCACCCCUCCAGGCCUCUGCAGCUCCGACCAUAACAAACGCUGUAAAUAAUCAGUUGAUCUUCCCUGAGUCAGUGGAGAACUCUCCUCGCUCCCGCAUUGUUGACAACUGGGUUGAUGAGCCUCUCCCUCCUGUUCCUGGAGCCAAGCUUCGUUUGAUGUGCAGUUAUGGCGGCCACAUCAUGCCACGUCCACAUGACAAGACUCUCUGCUAUGUCGGCGGCGACACCAGGAUCGUCGUCGUCGAUCGGCAUUCCUCCCUGAAGGAGCUCUGUGGCAGGCUCUCUCGCACCCUGCUGAAUGGCCGACCCUUCACCCUCAAGUACCAACUACCCCAUGAAGAUCUUGACAAUCUCAUAACAGUCUCCACCGACGAAGAUUUAGAGAACAUGAUCGAAGAACACGAGCGUUUAACGGCGGCUGCUCCUCCUAGGCCUACAAGGUUAAGGCUGUUUCUGUUUUUCUCUAAGCCAGAGUCCACAGUUUCAAUGGGUUCACUCAUUGAUGAUGCCAAGUCAGAGACAUGGUUCGUGGACGCUCUCAACAACUCUGGGAUUCUCAUCCGUGGGGCAUCGGAUUCUGCUACUGUUGGCGGCGGCGUCCUGAACCUUGAUAAGGUUCCAGCUAAUGAUUCUAGCAACAAUCUGGAGGCUCAGGCUGCAGAGUUUCCGGUUGAUAACAACAAACAGGUCAAAAUUUUGCCAGAUGUCCAUUCCUUGCCUGACUCGCCUCUGGUGGACAACAGUUCAUCAUGUGGGUCUUCUUCUUCAUCCCCUUCAAUGGCUAAUCUGCCUCCAAUUCGGGUUCGUGUUGUUGAAACCGGUAACAGCAGGCUCCAGGAAGAACAGAGACCAGGGAUUGAGGAGCAGUUAGCACAAAUGACCUUUGGUGCUAAUGGGAUUAAGCAAGAUGAAGGGUAUGUUAUGACUAUGUUGUCUGCUCCUAUGCCUACAAUCCCUGCACCUAUGACCAUGGCAUCACCAGCUUUGGUGACUGGUGAGAAUAUGAAUCGGGUCAUCUCUGAUGAUGAAAGAUCAGAUCAAGCAGUACCAGCAGGGCUUCGGAAGCCUCCUUUGCCUUUGCAGCUUGUGCAACCAAGGACCAGUGGUGGUUUAAAUUUGCCUUCUCCAGAUUCAGUGGCAAGUGACAGUAGUGUUGCGUCUGCAACCUCUUUCUCGAGGGCUGUUUACUAUCAGGACCAAGUACAAGCUGCAUAUGCAGAUCAGAAAGCACCAACAUUAUCACAUCCCAAUAAAAGUGAAAUAUCAGAUCACAUUCCUGGGUACCAAAGAGAACGAGUUCAGGAUUCUAAUUACACAUUACCCUCACAGUUGGAUCAAAGUCAGCAAAUCCAGCAGCAGCAGCAGCAACAAUUUGUUCAUGCAAAUACCCAUUAUAUCCCCCAUCCUGCAGCUACAGGUCAGGUUCCAAUGUCUCCAUACUACCCAGUUUAUACCACACCUUCACAACAGCAAAUUCCUCAUCCAAUUAAUCAGCAGUACCCAGUUUAUGUAAUGCCUGUAGGACACGCUCAACCAUACAACAUGGCAGUGCAACCCAAUAUGGCUGACCCUAGUGUGAUAACAACCUCAAGCAGGCCAUUAAUACCCCAAAGUGUUGCUGGCACUCCACCUGUUUACCCCCCCAAGCCUGCCACAGCUUCCAUACCUGAGGUGGCUCAGACUGUUUACAAAGCACCUGUGCCUCCCACUCCGGCAUUCGUUCAAAUGCCAUCUGGGCAAUAUCAGCAACAACAGUUUGUGGGUGUGCCUCAGAUCCAUCAUCAACCACAGUCCAUAGCAGUUGCUUCCUCUUCUGCUGCUGCUCAUCCUCCUGUUUCAACAACUAAUUAUGGUUAUGAUUAUAGUGGACCUGCACAAGAACAAGCAUACUACAUGCAACAGCAGCAAGCUAUUCCUUUGCCUUCUCAAUACCAGUCCAUGACCCCUGCGGCUGCGGCGGCACUUUCAGAUGCAUCUACGCAAUAAUUUCCUGCAGAGAGCAUUCAGCAGCCAAACAGAACUACAUAGCCAUUAGGGGUUGGAACAUCGCUUUCAAUCUUUAGUAAUGGAGAUACUUUAGGUUCCUACAGAAUCUUCAUAAGGAUUAGUUUGUGUUUAGUUUUCUUUUCUCAUUCGACCACUAUUAUCUCCAUAUGAAAAAUGAAUGCAGCGUGAGAUCAUACAUUGCAAAUCUAGUUUUUCUUUGUCUUUUUUUUCUGGAUCACAGAAAUUCAUUUCAAUAAGGCAAGCUAUUGCCGUUAGAUUUGUUUUCCGGUGACAAUUCCUCAUCAGCAUUGUUACUUGUGUUGUGUGUGUUCCUGUGUGGAGUUGAAAAGUCACUUUGGCAAUUUGUCUUCCUCUAACAAAAACACGAGAUUUCAGAAAACUUCAA